AUGCAGGAAACCCGACCGCAUUCGUCCACAUCACUUCCGCAUUGGCAAAGACAACAUACAAGCGAACAUCUUCAACAAAUAAGGCUAUCAAUGUCCUCUGGAGCUCCUAAAGGGGAAAACUGUGAGGUGGACAUGGACAGUAAAGCAGGGGAUCUAUUCAGUGCUAAGGAGGUCUUUCCCACAGGCACGGGCGGAGCCGGAAUCCUGGCUAAGCUGGGUAUUCCCAAAGGUUUCUCCCCUGCCAUGGCCAAAGAGUGGCUGGACAAACGCAGAGUGUCCAUCCGACCAUGGGCCAGUUUUGUCGACCAACGGAAAUUCUCUAAACCGCGAAACUUCGGAGAGCUGUGUCAGAGAGUGGUGAAAAAUGUGGAUGUUUAUAACAGCAACUACACCUUUAUAUUUCUGGGACUCAUUCUCUACUGCAUUGUGAGCUCUCCCAUGCUGUUGAUCGCCCUGGCUGUGUUUGUUGGAGCCUUCUACAUUAUUCACCUCAAGUCUCUGGAGAAGAAACUCGUCAUUAUGGGCAGAGAGCUGGCGAUGCCCCAUCAGAUGGGCCUAGCAGGAGCUGUGUCUCUGCCCGUCUUCUGGUUGGCCGGUGCUGGAGCUGCUGUUUUCUGGGUGCUUGGAGCGACGCUGUUCGUGAUCGGCUCUCACGCUGCGUUCCGCGAGGUGGAGGCGUCAGACCUGGACGAGCUGCUCAUGGAGCCGGUGUGA